CGAAAACGGUGUGCAACGGUCAAACGAUUCACGGUGAGACGAUUUGAGGCACAUGGUUUGAGAUGUAGUGGAUGACAAUUAGACCGCUAGUCGUUCGAUAAUUAGUAAUUAAGAUCGUCUACUAUUGUUGGCCGAUUAUUAAGCGAUCGUCGAUUUGAUUUUAUUAAUGAAAUGAACAAACCGACGGACGAUGAAGAACGCAGAAGACGCUCAUUGGAGGCAGGCAGAGAGAUGUUGGAGAAGUACAAGGCGGAAAGAGUCAGUAAAGCCAGAGGUGCGGGUCACAGUCAAACGGAAGAAGUGUCGGAUGAAGAAUCUUUUCACAAUGACAAAUCUAUUGGUCAUAAAGAGUCUUAUGUGCACGAGGGUGUUUCAUCAAGAGACAUGACACAAAGUAGCGUCAGUAUGAGUGAAGGAGAAGCAGAUGGUGACCUGGAAGGACUUGCCGGAAGAGUGGCUCAGCUGGAAGAAUUAUUACAAGGAAAGGAAGCCAUAGUUGAGGCUUUGCACGCCGAGAUUGACCACUUAAGAGCCGAGGCUUCAUCCCCUAACUCUUCGCAAAGUCAAAAUAGUAGUAUACAAGGCAGAGAUAUUAUAUCGUUAUAUCAUACUAAGUUGCAGGAGUUUGAAAAAGCAAUAAAUAAACGGGAUAACUUGAUAGAAGAAUUGACGUGGUCGUUGCAGCAAGCAUUGUCCGCGCGGGAUAAUCUUGUUGGUCAAUUGAAUUCUUUGAAUGCCAUACAUAUUUCUAAUAAAGAUGCACCUUGUACAGUAAAUAGUGCAAAUUUACAAGAUAAGAUCGACAGCAUGGAAAACACAUUGAGCGAACAGAGAUCGAUAAUACAAAAACUGAACAGUCAGCUGAUUCAAACCCAGGAACACGUGCAGACGUUAGAAUUGGAGAAAGAAACACGAAACGCCGAGAUCAACGACUACAAAUUACAGAUAAACAAUUUGAACGAACAGAUUCGAUUGGGUGCAGCUGACAAGAACUUGAACAUCGCCGAGACGUUGGAGCAGCAGAAGCAAUACGAGGCGCGUGUCGAUAAAAUCAAACAGGAUAUGCAACAUAUUUUAGAGAAAUUCACGACUGAAACGAACGUGAACACUGCGCGUCAUCAACAGGAAUUGAAGGAUUUGGCUGUGAAACACGAAAUGGAAAUAAUGAACAUACAAGAGAAAUACGAAGAAAGAUUGAACCAAUUGAAAGACGAGAAUAAGUCGUUUGCGGAUCGUUUGAACAAAGACUUGCCAGAUUUGGAGACCAGACACGCCAAAGAACUAUCUAUAUUUCAGGCUCAAAUGGGCCACUAUAAAAAAACCGUCGAAGCUUUGAAGCUAGAACUGAUGAACCGAUCGGAGUCUCAGCACAUUGCUCAGGCCGAGCUGAAUCACUACCAGACAAAGCUGAACGAGCUGAAGGUUCAGUCUGAGAAAGCACGUCACGUGCAGGACUUGGAUCAUCAGAAGGAGAAGGAAAUGCUGAGCGAACAGAUCACGCUGCAUAAAUUGCAAUUAGAAGAGAUGACGUCGAAAUACGUUGCUGCGACUGCGAUUCUGGAAUCGAAAGAGAGCAUGGAACGUUCCUUGGAGCAAGCGUUAACGAACGCCGCGACAUUGAAGGACGAGAACGACAGUUUGAAAUUCAAACUGGACGAUUUAUCGUCCAGAUACUCGGUGGCCCAGUCGCUGAUCGAGAACAGUCAACAGCAUGAACGGACACUGAGCAACAGAAUCUUCGAUCUGGAGAAGUCCUUGUCCAGGGUCAGCGGUAUAAACGUCAGUACAUUGAGUGAACUGAACGAGACCACUUACCAGACGUUGGACGAAGUGGCGAUACAGUUUCAAUUGACAAAGCAGAAGCUCGAGGAGAAGGCAGAGUUCGAGAAGCUUCUGGUCAAUAAAAUCGAGGAUCUCGAGGAUGACGUUCGGAGGACGAAAGAGGAGCUGGAGCAAGCAAAUCUGACCAAGAAAUCCUACGAGAAACAACUGAAGGACAUGAAGAACAGCUGUGAUAAAUACAAAUCCGAGCUGUCUUCAUUGAGGAAGCACGAGCUGGAUGGUCAGAGUGCUCAGGCUAGUCAGAUCAGUGAUUUAUUACAGAAAACUGAGGAGGACAAGCAGGAGAUAAAAAAACUGAAGGUAAUUCUGGAACGGAAGGAGGCAGAGCUAACAGAAUCUGUGAGACAAGUGCAUGAUUUUUCGGAGAAAUUCAAAAAGUCUGAGGAGGAGUGUCAACAGCUGAAAAGUGGAUUGGCCACGGCAUGGGCUCAGUGCACAGAGAUGGAAGAGAAAUUGAAUCAAACGUUGGUGUUGAGCGAGAGUAAACUUGACAUGUCGGUACCAUCGUCCAGCUGUAAUAGUACCUUGACAAAGCAAGUGAAAGUUAUACACGACCAGUGCACAGACACAAAUAGAAUGUUCUACGAGAACAAGGAAGAGCUAGAAACCACAGCAUCGUUGCAGGCAAAGCUUGCAUCAGUCUCAGAGGAGAAUGAAAGAUUGUUGAAGGAGUUUGAACACUUGGAAGAUAAACAGGUUGAUUAUAAUGAGAUCAAGGACAAAUUGAAACACUAUUCCACUCUGGCUGAGAACUUGGCAACUGAGCAACAUCGUAUGGAAGGUGAGAACCAAUCCAUGAGGAAGGAACUUGGAACUGUACGUUCGCUUCAAGAAUCAGUGAAUCAGCUGAGAGCAGAGAAGGAAUCAUUACGGAAGGAGAUAGAUGCACUUGUUUGCGUUCAUGAUGAGCAGAUAAGCGCGAUAAAGGCUGAAACAGCGUCAGAGAUCAGGAAAGUUCAGUCCUUGGCGUUGGGCGUGAAAGACGGUACCACGGAACUGCACGAGCUGAAAACUGAAUUGGAGAAGCGUCACGCGAAGGAAAUGGAGGAGCUACGGACCUAUUUCGAGCAAAAGUGUCUCUUGAUGGAGAAGCAGUAUUCAGAAGAAAUAUUCAGCCAGCAAUCGAAGAAAAUGUCUGACAAUGACAGCGAAAUAGCUGACCUGACGGAAGGCUUAUAUUUUGGAGGCGCUGGGGAUUGUCUGAAUGCUUCUAACCUCUCUGAACGCAGCUCAAGGGUCGGUUCUCCAUUAGGGGAUGAACAGUCGAAGCACAAUAGUAAUGGUCUCAGUAGGUCUGAACUGGAAAUGACCAUGAAGGCGUUGCAACAGGAAUUGCAGAAUAAGAUAAUAGAAGUGCAAGAGGUGAAAUUACACUAUGAAAAAGCAUUGACUGAACAGAAGAGCAAGUACGAAAGGGAACUAUGCAAUAAACAGGAAACACAGACGCAUGAAUUCUUGCGAAACGUAGUGAAUCAGCAUUGUCAAACAGAGUGGGAUGCGGGUGCGUUGGAAAACGGUGAAUUAACUCAGCUGCGAGCGGCCUACAACCAUCAAUUGGAAGAGCAGAUCGCGCUAGCUAAAUUGGAUAUUGUCAAUGCACUUCAAGAACAGAUUCAGGCUCUCCUGUCGGUCGAGUCAGAGGUGGAAGACAAUCUGUCACCAGAGUUGUUGGAGUUACGCGAUAGACUCACUGGGAAUGCAAAACGCGAGAUGCAGUUGCUUCAAGAGACUCAUGCCACGGAAGUGCAACGACUGAAGGACGAGUAUUCACGAAAUGUCGCCAGAAUGAUAGAUCGCCAUCAGGAAGAGCUGAAUAAAAUUAGAGACACUGCUCCGGAUCUUGACAAGAAACAAGAUUCAAACAAAAUCUUGCCUCCUGACAUUCUGGCGGAGAGGAACAGCUUACGCAGAACAUGUGGCACCCUUAAGAUCCUGAUCGAGGAAUUGGUGAAGUACUUUGUCAUAUGCGAAGAAGAAGUGAACAAUACUGUCAUCACUGAGGUGCUCAAAAGGCAAUUCUCCGAUAGUAUUAUUAACGAAAAGACGCUACAUACCGAAGAAGUCGAGAAAUCGCAGAACGAAGCAUACAAUCCUAACUUAAAUGUAUCAUCACCGAAGAUCAAGCGAGUCCACUUUGCUCCGCAGACCAUUGAAAUAAUAUCGAUCAUAAAUAGUGAUAACGAGACAUUAGAGAACACCCUGGGACACGAUAUUAUCACGGAAAAAUUGAAGCAAGAACUGAACAACUGCGUGCGACGUUUGAAGUCCGAGAGCGCUGAAAUUCUGGGUGUCUCGUCCGCUAACGUUGGUGGUCAGCGUAGCUCUCUCGCGAAAGACGUCACGUGGAUCAGUAAAGCGAACGAAGAGUUAAAGUCAAAGCUACACGAGGCGGAGUCCCUGAUCAUGAGCUAUGAAGAGGAGAUGGAGCAAUUGAAAGUCACUGUCAUUGACCUUCAGAGAAAGUUAAUUAGUGUGGAGAACAAGAAAGAGAUCAUUACCGAGGGUUACGGAGAGAAUGAUGACGUUGGCACUGAAGUUACGUUGCAAGACUUUUCAUUAUUGCAAGAAAAAGCGAGGCAUGUGCUAUCCAACGGUGGUGGUGACUCUACAGACCUGUUGCAGCUGAUCGAAGAACUGUGCAGGCAAAGCGACAAGUUAAUGGAAGAUGCAAGGAAAGAGAAGGAGGACCUACAGCAACAGCAGGUGCAUUUAGAAUCUACUCCUCCCCCAUACAUUCACAGGGUUUGCCGUCGCAAGAUCGAAGCAGCGGACAAACAAUUGAAAGCUACUCGAAGAUUCUUGGACGAGCAGGCAAGCGAAAGGGAAAUCGAACGUGAUGAGGCCGCGAAGCAAAUACAUAUUUUGCAGGAACAGCUUAAAGAACGCGAACGCGAAAAGGAAAGAGACCUACGUAUCACAUCGGAGUCCACACUAUCACCUGAACCAACCUCAGAGGUCCCUGUGCUUCAAGCAUCUGACAUCAGUGCAGCUGUGGAGGCACUCGAGUCGCAGAUGAGGGAAAUGUCCUCCCUGAUGUCUGACACAGAGGCAAGGAAAACAGAAACUGAGAGUGAACUGAAAGCAGCCAUCGACAAGAUCUGGGUCCUCAGGGAUAUCAUCACCGAUCUGGAGCAACAGCUGCAAAUCAAGCUGGACGCCGUGAAAAUGGGUAGCGAGAGCAAACACCUGAACGAGCAUAUUAAUCACUUGCAGGAGGAAUUGAGGAAGCACAAAUUGAGCUCGGAACAGUUCAACGUGAAUUCAGCCGCGUUGAAGCAGAUGAAAACGGAGCUUCGCGAGAUGCAGAAUCACUUGGACAAGAGGAUCAAAGACCUGGAAUCAGUUCACAUGUGCAGCUCGAACCUGAGCUUGAGUCAACCCAGCGAAGACGUUUCGAUUAGAGAACAGAUAGACGCAUCUCGAUGUCCUACUCCAGAUGAUCCUAAUUCACCACCGAUGUUGCCUCUAGACCAGCUGCUCAAGCUUAAGGAGAAAAUGGUGAAGCAAGCCAGAGCCGAAGAGGUUGCCUUCAAGAGGAUUAAGGACCUAGAGAUGCAGGUGGCUGCUCUGAAGAAUCAGAACGAGGAGCUGCAGGCGGAACAGGAGAUACUCCAGCAAACAACAUCUGAACAAUUGUUCCAGAUCGAGGCGAUGCGUGGCCGUUUGGAGCAGCACAAACAGAGCGCCCCGUUCGCCCAGCGACAGGCGACGUCCCGUUUGGAGUUGCAGCUUCACGAGGCGAACGCGAAAUUUCAGUCCCUGGAACGAACCAUAGCGGACAGAGAUCUGGAACUAAAGGAUGUCCACAGUCAAUUGGACAGGGUGAAUCAGUUGCUGCAGGAGAAGGAGACAGAGAUUGCGAAUGUCGUGCAGGUAGAGAGCGCUACCAUUCAGAAAUUGAAAGAACACCUGGAAGUGGUCGAGGAGGAGAAGAGGAUUCUGCUGGCGAAGCUUGGCGUCCAAGAACACGCUCAGUUGGAGCUGCCACGGUUGAUCGACAGCAUGCUGGCUGAUAAGAACGAGGAAUUAGAUCACCUGAAGGAACAGUUGUCGAAGAAGGAGAAACAAUUGGACUUGUACUCGUCGUUGAACCUGGACGAAACGCAGCUAAGGGAGCUGAUACGGCAAACGGAACCGAAGAACAGCGCUCGCACCUUGAGCGAUAUUUUGUCUAUUCAUUCAGAGUGUGAGGAAACUGCGGAAGCCAUUCGUGGAGUAAAUGCUACUCAAACGUUGCCCAACACGUCCGUUUUCAAAGUCCCCACGCCGUUCAGUUCAGUCAGAAUCGAGGACGACUCACCUGGGCCUUUGGUGGAUACCAGCAAGAUGGGAGUGCAAGUGCCCCCGUUGGAUCUAGGGUCUCAUAGUUUGUCGGCCACGUACAAUCAGCAAUCGUUGGUCAUGGAUUUAUUGUACAAUGGAAUGGAAUCUGGAACCUCGGAGAACAAUGCCAUCACGGAUGAGACGGAUAGAGUCUCAGAGUCUAGGCCAGAUUGCUCUGGAACGCAAGAACCUUUGGAGGGGUCUGCUGGUAAAAAUGAUGGCGGUAGGUCGCGAGUCACUUCCAUUAAGACCACUCAGACUUCUAUCAAUGAGUCGAUCAAGGAGAUACAGAACUUGGAAAACCAGCUGGGAAUCGUUAGGGAGGAGCUGCAGACGAAGUCAGUGCUUUUGGAGAAACGUGAAUCGGAUUUGUUGACCCUGCAGAAAUUGUACAAUGAACUGCAGGAGAGCGUGGGCUCGAUGGCUACCGAAAAAUGCUUCUAUCAGAACCAGUACGAACUGUCGAAGGCGUCCGAGAGCAAGAUAAAGCAGGAUCUGCAAGAGGUGGAGAACGUUCUGAAGUUGAGAAGCGAGGAGAUACAGGAGCAGAAGAGCAAGAUGCAGGUGAACGAGAAGAUCAUAAUGGAGUUGAAUUCAGAGAAUACCAGGCUAAAGGAUAAUAUGAGGGAGAAGGAGCAGGAACACGCGAAGAGGUGCAGUGCAUUGGUGCAGGAGAACAUAAAGGAGUUGGAGACUUUAAGGGAUAGAAUUUUGGAGAAGGACAAGCAGCUGUACGAGUCCAGAACCAGGAAUCAGUCGUUGAAACAAGAGAUUCUGGAGUGUCAGAGCGAGAUACAGCGACUGUCAGAGGGUUUGAAUAACCGAGAUCAGACUAUCAGACGACUGGAGGAGAUGGUCAGACGUAUCAGUCUCUCAGGUGCGUCCUCACCAUCCAAUGAGAAGGACGAGGAGAUCCAUCAUCUGCAGGAAUAUUUGAAGGAAAAGGACAAGGUCAUACGACAGAUGAGCGAUGACAGUAAGAGCCUGCACAGAGCUUUGGAGACCAUACAGAACAAGAUGAAGGAAUCUGGUAACGUGGUGGAGCUCAGAAGGAAGCUGAAGGAGGAACAGAAACUUGUUGCUGAAUUAAGGAACACAGUGGACAUACUGAGCAAGGAAUUGUCAGACUUAAAAUUGGCUGUUCAAAGGUCACAGGACGACACCGACAUCGAGGAUAUGGUGCAGCGAGAGCUGAAUCUGUCGGCGCACCUAGACAGGCAAAUUAUGAACGCCAUUGAAAGCGACCAAGAGGAGGAGGCGGGCGCGUGUCGCGUAGAGAGGCAGGUUCACAGGAGCACAAACAAGGAGAGAGAACGAGUACAAAGAAGUAGCGAAUUAAAUCUGCAAUUGACCCAGGCGAAUAAGAUCAACGAUGAGUUGAAGAAACUGAAAGACGAUUUGGAGAUUGAAAGGGGCAUGCUCAAGUGCCAGAUCGCGGAGUACGAAGGUCGGAUCUUCCAGCUGAAGUCGGACCUAACGGAGGAGUGUAAGAAGGUUAAGAAAUUGAACGAGGAACUGGUGUCCGAGAAGAAUUUGGUCCGUAGUCUGAGGAUCCAACUGGAGAAGGAGCACAGAUCAAUGCAGUCAGGUCAGAUGCAGGACUCGGAGCUGAUCGAGUUCCUGCAGAACAAGCUGAAGACGUCUCUGGACAAUGAAGGAAAAUUACGCAAUGAUCUGUCGUCGUUGAGACAGGAACACAAGAGCCUUGAGAUACAAUUAAGCUUGAUGAAGGAGCAUGUACAGUCCCAGAAGUCGGAGGAAUUACCAAAGCUUGCGGAUCUUUUGGAAUCUGAAAGGAAGAAGUACUUGUCACUGAUGGAGAACUUCGAGAAAGAGGAGCGUAAUAAUGCGGAACUGAAGGACACCUUGAGGAAACUGCAGACGGAGAAGAGCCGAUUGGAGAAGCAGUUGGAAAUGGAGGUGGAGGAGAAAGAGAAAAUGAUAAGUAGCCUGGCGCUUAUCGAGGGAAUCAAAGACCAUCUGCAGACGGAUCUGAGCCGUACCAAAGAGGAACUGAAAGAUUGCGAAGCUGAAUGUGAGUGGCUUCAGAAGAGGAUCAAGACUAUGACCGACGCGGAGAAUCGAAGGCAGGAGCAGAGGACCACCGAGCAUAAUGAGCUUAAGGGAUUGAGGAGGGAAAUCAAUAAUGCUAGAGAAGUUAUGGUGGAUUUGGAGGCUGACAUGAAACAGUCGAAGAGAGAACUGACAGAGGCUGUGGAACGUGAACUGAAGCUGGCUGAGACCCUGGAGUCCCUGAAGGAAAGGGAAACCGAUCUGCUUAAGAAAUUGUUCGUCGCCAAAGAUGAGGAGAAGAAGCUGAAGAGUAUGAUCGCCGAGUUGCAACAGGAUCUGAGAUCGUCCGCGGAAAGGGAAUUGGAAUUGGCAAAGCAAAUGAAAAGCAGAUACAGCAGCGAUAAGACUACACCCACUAAACUUCUGCAGAAAAUCAAGUUUCAAGAAAAACUUGUGAAAGCGUUAGAAGAUAAAGAGCUGCUUGGUCAACGAGUGAAAUUAUUGGAAGCUCGUCUGAAACGAGGCGUCGACUCUCACGAUGUGAACGCAUUACGUGGAUUGGGGGAUGAUUACACGGACAAGUUGCUGCACUUCUAUGGAAAGUACAUGAGAGCAGACAGCAGACGGAAGGCAUUGACAUACCAGAAACGUUAUUUGUUGACGAUAGUCGGCGGUUAUCAGAUCUCAGAGGAGAACACGUUGUCUAUAUUGGCCCAGUUAACGAAAGAGCAACGAUCUUACGCCACCGUGGGUCGCCACAAGAAAUCGCCGAGAGUACGUUUCAAGAGUGUAGCGUUGGUUCUUAUCAGUAUACACAGAAUGAAGUGGUUAAUUGUAAGAUGGAGCAUCGGUAGACGUAUAGGUGCUAAAACAUUGUUGUGGAACGUGGAUCAGUCGUACGUGUCGGUGCCGAAAGUUACUAUGAACCAUUCGCCUCCUGUUCGAGAAAGACCUCCUACAAACGAGGAUGGGAUUUUUGAUGGAUUCGCGCUUGAACAGUAUUAUCAACGAUUAAGGAAUAUUCAGCAGACAUUAGGUUUAGCGAUGGCGGAAUCUGGAAGCCGUCAGAUUCAUCCCGAAUAGUAUUAUCACCCAUCUAAGUCCAUUAAACUUGAAGACACAAGCAUGAAACGUACUCUGAGACUGUGAUUGAAGUAUCACGUUGUUUGUUUAAAUGCAACGGUUGGGCCUGAAUGGGGAUUGCCAUUCCCAAAAUAGGAAUACUCGAACUCAACCAGAAAAAUAUUGUUGGAAUUUUGAUCGUUUUGUGAUGUGUAUUUUUCUUUUUACAGAGUGUAAAUAAGAGUUUUAGCAUAGAAACUGCAAUUGUUCAACACGCGUUAAGUCUUCGCACUGAUUACACUGUACUGUGUGCUACUAUUUACGUUUUAGUACUAUGAUUUUAAAUGAUUUAGAGGAGACGAUAAUGAUAGUGUUAAAAUAACCGUGCUCAUAUAUCAUGUUUUACCAAAGGUACGAUAGAUUUUUAUUUUUAAUUGUACUGUUAGACCUUCUAAGGAUGCGAAACUGUGCCUUGUAAACUAUAAAUAUAAUUGUCUAG